GAGAAACCCAAUAGUCAGACAGAGUCUGUGAGAUCUGCCUUAUGUCCUGACUAAUAUAACAUCAUGACAGCUACACCCAGUCCCAACUGUUCCAAUGGAACAUUGGUCACACUAACCUGCUCUUCACACCGGGUGGUCUGUCGGAUUUUAGGGGAAGUUGAUCAGUCGGUCUCCAUUUACCAGAACCUGACCCUUGAUGCCAGUGGGUCCUCCACAACGCAGGUGAACCAUGACUUUAUCAUCGGAUUGGCACUGGCCGUGUUCUCCAGCAUCCUUAUUGGGAGCAGUGUUAUCCUAAAAAAGAAAGGUCUUCUUCAUUUGUCGGAGCAAGGGCGUACCCGAGCAGGUGCUGGUGGACAUGGUUACUUGAAAGACUGGUUAUGGUGGGCUGGACUUCUUACAAUGGCAGGUGGAGAAGGUGCCAACUUUGCUGCAUACGCUUUUGCUCCAGCAACCAUUGUCACACCACUCGGAGCCCUAAGCGUCCUGAUAAGUGCUGUGAUGUCCUCCUAUCUUUUGAAUGAAAGGCUGAAUCUCUUGGGAAAGUUGGGGUGUGCACUCAGUGUGUUCGGAAGCACUGUCCUGGUCAUACAUUCCCCAGAAGAACAAGAAGUUACCACCUUAGAAGAGAUGACAUCAAAGCUUAAAGACCCAGGUUUCAUUGCCUACAUCAGCGUGUUGUUCAUCUGCUGCUUGGUUUUGAUCUUCUGUCUUUCGCCUCGCUAUGGCCAAGCAAACAUCCUUGUCUACCUGGCAAUAUGUUCUCUUCUUGGAGCUUUCUCAGUGUCUUCCGUUAAAGGUUUGGGGAUUGCAGUAAAGGGUCUUAUCAUGGGUCUUCCAGUUGUCCAACACCCUCUUCCAUGGAUUCUUAUGCCCAUCUUGAUAGUCUCAGUGGUUACACAGGUUAACUACCUCAACAAAUCUCUGGACGUGUUUAACACUUCCCUGGUCUUUCCAAUCUACUAUGUCUUAUUCACCACUGUGGUAAUCACUACGUCCCUCAUCCUUUUUAAGGAAUGGGUGUCUAUGACUCCAUUUGAUGGAGUAGGGGCAGUUUGCGGAUUCCUAGUCAUCAUCCUUGGCGUAUUCAUGCUCCAUGCCUUUAAUAACCUGGACAUAAGUCUUCAAAGCAUUCAGGAACAAAUACAUCAGAUGGCUCCAGUCCCUUCUGAACAACCAACCAAAAAGGAAGACAAGAUAACCUUAGUAGACAACAUGGAGACCGAAUACACUGGCAGUAUUCCCAAAGUGUUUGUCAUAUACACAUAAGACUUUGCACUGUAUCAUUUUGGAGCAAUUGACUCAAUGCGCUUAAGACUCUAUUGGAGUGAUUCUUUAAUCAAAUUCCGAUACCUUCUACCUCCAAGAUCACUCCUGUUAUACGAUCUCCUAGGAUAAGGAUUGUUGGAUAAGCUCUUGUCCCCUCCCAAGCACCAUAUUGCAUAGACCUGCGAUGGUCACGGCAACCCUCCUGGAUUACAGUUUAACAAAGCAGCUGAGUGAUAGAUAAGAGACCAUAGACUGUCACGUUCUAUUACAAUGACGUUGUCUGACACAACUUUUUCAGUGUUGUGCAUGUAGCAUUUGCCAAAUAGUUGUUGCAAUUUAUUUUUCGUUGCCUGCAUUGCUAAAAGACUUAUGGACUUUUUUAUACAUAUUUUAUUAUGUAUUGUAUUAUGAUAUAUUAUGCCAUGUUUCAUUUUUUUUUUAUGAGAUUUUAAUAAGUUAUAAAAAGUAAUUUCACAAAGAUUUGGU